AUGUCGUCCGCAGGUAGAAACGAUCUACCGGUUGGAACUGGGGAAACUAGGACCGGGGGAGGUGAAUUCGGGGAAGGGGGGUCUGGGGAAAGUGGGUCGCAGCAGGGGGAAGGGAGCGCGCGCGCAGGGUCGGCGGACGCGCAGGGGGAAGGGAGUGCGCCGUCGCGCCAGGCGGAAGCGCAGGCUGAAGGGAAUCCGCCGGCAGAGCAGCAGGGGGAAGGGAGCGGGAAUUCCGAGGGGCAGGCGGAGCAGAAGGGGGAGGGGGGCGGGCGGAAGAAGCCGGUGGUUGUGAUUGUAGUGGGCAUGGCAGGCAGUGGGAAAACGACUCUCAUACAGCGACUAAACGCACACAUGCACGGCAGCAAAAUCGCCCACUACCUCAUCAACCUAGACCCGGCUGUGCCCUCCGUGCCCUACCUCGCCAACAUUGACAUUCGGGACACGGUGAACUACAAGAACGUGAUGAAGGAGUAUGGGCUCGGACCCAACGGCGCGAUUCUCACCUCAUUGAAUCUCUUCACGACCAAGAUUGACGAGGUUAUCACACUCGUGGAGCGCCGAGCCGACACUCUCGACUACGUUUUCAUUGACACGCCCGGGCAGAUCGAAAUUUUCACCUGGUCAGCUUCCGGAGCAAUCAUUACCGAAGCCUUCGCCUCCACGUUUCCCACGGCCGUUUGUUUUGUAGUGGACACACCCCGGGCGGCAAAUCCCGGCACCUUUAUAAGCAGCAUGCUGUACGCGUGUGGGAUUCUGUACAAGACGCGGUUACCGCUGCUGCUGGCGUUUAACAAGACUGACGUCGCACGGCACGACUUUGCAGUUGAGUGGAUGCGGGACUUUGAAGCCUUUCAAGCAGCAGUGGAUCGAGAUCCUUCCUACGCCGCCUCGCUCUCCCGCUCCCUCUGCCUCGCCUUGGACGAGUUUUACUCCAACCUGCACGCCGUUGGAGUCUCAGCUGUCACAGGAGGGGGUAUUAAUGAGUUUUUCACCGCUGUAGAGGCGGCCAGAAAAGAGUACAUGGAAGGCUACAGGGUUGGCUUGGAGAAGAUGAGAGCAGAGAAGGAGAAGAAAGAGGCUUAUAGGCAGAGUGCGGAUAUGCCCCGGUUCUGUGCCGACUCUGCUUGA